AUGUUAUUAAAUUUUGGUGAUGAUGUGGAGCAAUGUGAACUCUUCUUUGAAGACAAUCACUUUGGAAAACAGUUUGCUUUUCUUCGUGUGAGCGGGGCGUUCUCUCAGAGCGCUCUCCUUCAGGUAAAACCAAAUCCGAGGACCGCGCAGGCCGCACCCGCAGGUGGUCCCUCCCAGGCUGCCGAGCCGCCCGGGCAGGAGCACGGAGGCACGCUACCCGGACACCGCAGGGAAAAGAGAGCGGCCCAGCAGUGCCUGCCGGCUCUCCGCGGGCGGCGAACGAGGGCGCACGUGGACCCUGCCCCGACCAUCCCGGGUCACCGGGGUGCCGCGAGGGAGCCGCUGCAAGGGGCGGCCGCGGCCGUGAAGGGCCUUGGGACAGACCUGAGGGGUGCGGCGGCCCGGCCCUGGAUCCCGAAGCCGGAGGGGCCUCGAGAGGCGGCGGCGGCGGCGGCACACGAGAUCCGUGAGUUCCAGGAGGCGGGCUGUAGACCGCGCGGUGGCGGCGCCGGUGGGCGGAUGGGGGCGGGGGCGGAGGGAGUCCGGGCCGGGCGGUGGGGCUCGUGUGCAAGAGAUCAAGUAGAAGAGGAAGAGCCAAUAAAAGAGACUGGAAAGCAACAGGUAGUCUAUCAGAAGCCUGAAGAAGAAUGUUACAAGGAAAAAAAUGUGCUUCAGGAGGUGUCUCCUAUGUGUGUUGCUACAGGGGUGUCCUACCAUUGUGGCUGGGAUGUGUUUGCCUUCAGUCCAGCCUGUGAUGGCGCUCUGCCUGUUGCAGCCACAUGGCAAGGCAUGAGCCCAAGGCCCUCCUACUCCACCAUCUUCCCAGCAGCCUCAGACAAUGGGAUUCUUGAAGAUGUCAGAGUACUGCCAAAUCAGAGAAGCUUUCACAAUGCUGCAAAAAGCAAUAAUUUGGAUCUUAUGGAGAAGCUGUUUGAAAAGAAGGUUAACAUUAAUGCUGUGAACCAUAUGAACCGCAAAGCCUUGCAUUUUGCAGUGGGGGCAAAUGAUUUAUCUGCGGUGGAUUUCUUGCUUAAUCAUAAGGCAAGAGUGGAUAUUGCUGAUAAGCACGGCUUGACAGUAGUUCACCUUGCAGCCUGGUCUGGAAGUCUCGAGAUCAUGCUCAUGCUCAUUAGAGCUGGAGCAGACCAGAGGGCCAAGAAUCCGGAUGGAAUGAAUGCCCUCCACUUUGCAGCUCAGAGUGAUAACGUACGCAUCGUGGAGUACCUCGUUCAAGAUUUGCAUUUGAAGGACCUGGCCCAGCCUGAUGAGAAAGGAAGAAAACCAUUUCUUUGGGCAGCCGACAGGGGCCACACUGAAAUGAUAGAAAAACUUAUCUUCCUUAAUCUACACACUUCAGAAAAGGACAAGGAGGGGAAUGUUGCCCUGCAUCUUGCGGCAAAGCAUGGUCACAGUCCUGCAGUCCAGGUGCUGCUAACCCAAUGGCAAGAAAUAAAUGAGAUCAAUGAGCUCAACAUCAGUGCUUUGCAGAUGGCAACCCAGAAUGGCCAUACAUCCCUUGUCAGCUCUCUUCUCCGUGACAAUGUUGAUCUGCACCAGAACGCAGAACCAAAGGACUCCCCUCUUCAUUUAGCUGUUAUCAACAACCAUAUCUCAGUUGUGAACAGCUUAUUAAGUGCACAGCACAACACUGACAUCUUAAAUCAGAGGCAGCAGACUCCUUUGCAUGUUGCUGCUGAUCUUGGCAAUGUGGAACUGGUGGAAACCUUGCUGAAGGCAGGCUGUGACCUGAAGAUUGUUGAUAAGCAAGAGAAGACUGCCAUGGCCGUGGCCUCCAGGAGCAACCACAGCCUUGUUGUGGACAUGAUCAUUAAAGCAGAGAGAUACUAUGCCUGGAAAGAGGAGCAUGGUGAGAGCAUCAGGGACCCAUCAACCAGCUUUACUUUGACAUUCAAGCAAGAUCACAGUUUGGAGACCAGACAUAUUUGCAGUCUUCUCUGGAACCUGGCUUACCAUCAGCUAAAGGCCAAUGAGUGGCAGAAGCUGGCCCAUUCAUAGAACUUUACAGAUGACCAGAUCAGAGCCAUUGAGGAGCAGUGGUCAGGAAAGGGAAGUUUCCGUGAACAUGGCCACAAGGCUCUGCUCAUCAGGCUGCAUGGGACCCUGAUGACACAGGCCACUCCGGUCAAGCAUCUGUAUGAAGAGCUGGUACGCGCAGGUUUCCCAGAACUAUCUGAAAAGAUCCGUCAAUUCAAAAAUGAAACUAACUCAAAGUCCAAGAAAUGUGCAGUUUCAUAAAUGCCUAAAGAAAUUGUAUUUAAUUGAUAUUCCACUCAGCACCAUCCUUUAAAUUCAGUUCUUUAAUGCCAUAAAAUUCUAGCAGUAGUAUUGAUUUUCCUUUCAGCUGUGACAGUGGUGAUGACAAGAAGCUCUACCGGAUGAAAAAAUGGUAUUAGUACUUUCCAACUACUGAAAUGAAAGGUCAGAAGUUUUUUUUUUACUUUUACUUAAAGCAAAUUGUAUAUGAUUUUUGCAUUUCUGCCAUUUGAUACAACAUAUGUGAUAGCAUAAUCUAGGUUUUGCACACCACUUUUUUUUUUUUUAAUGUUGGUAGGAGCAGCAUCCUGGUAUAUGAAAAAACCAAGGGAUUUAGAAUAGACAGACAUGGUUUUAAUUAGGGUUUGCCACUUCUUAACUGUGAGCCUUUGGGCAUACUAAUACUCAAGUUCUCAGAUCUUCAGUUGCCUUCUUUAUAAAAUGGGGGAGUGUCUCUCUCUUCCACAGCAUUGGAGAUGAAGGUUGAAUGCCUGUUAAAUGUCUAAUCUCAUGCUCACAGUAUUGAAAUCAUCCACUGUUCGUUAUUUCUCUUCAGUGAGAAGAAAUAGUUUUGGAAAUUUACAGUUACUGUUGGCUUUAAAUAACACACAUGUGUAGUAUAUUGCUUAGAAAAGACCAGAAGUGAUUACACCAAUGUUUGUUGUUUUUUUAAUCUCUUGGUGAUGUAAUUACAGGUGAUUUUCAUUUUCUUUGUACUUUUUGGUA